AUGCCAGUCAUCUCACAAUUGCGUUCGCUCGGCGCCUCCGCAACUUCCGACUCGAGUCCUGGAUCAGAGCACACCACCAAGGGUAUUCCAUGGGCCGAUAUCCCCAAAACCUACCAGGACGCAGUGGCUAUUGUCAGAUUACUUGGUCUUCGGUACAUCUGGAUCGACUCUCUCUGCAUUGUGCAGGACAGUACAGAAGAUUGGGAGGCCGAGUCGGCUAAGAUGUGCCGUAUCUACUCGGGUGGUUUCUUGACAAUAUCCGCCUUGUCCUCACCAAACUGUGCUGCCGGAUUUCCAACCAUCACGUCAAAGAGUAUCACGGGCACGACUUCAGAAGGCAAACCGUACCAUUACUUUUGCCAUAGCGCCUGCCGUCAUCCGACGGACGUAAACACCCCCGAGGGCCAGUACAGUUCCAGGGACAACUACGACGUGACCGAUUGGCCACUGCUCACCCGCGCCUGGGUCUUCCAGGAGAGAACCCUCUCCCCUCGCGUCUUACACUUCGGUAAAGAUGAAAUGAUCUGGGAAUGUGAUGGGGAUUGCUGGUGUGAGUGCAAUGAAAGCAACGUACAGUCCUUCGCGCCCUCGCGUCAGCAGUUCAGGUCUGCUCUCCGGAGUGGUACUCCAGGCGUACCGUACAUCUGGAAACAAAUGGUAUCCGACUACUCAAGGCUAUCAAUAACGAAAGAAUCAGAUCGACUACCAGCGUUGUCGGGGUUGGCGCAGGCUAUUCGGGCGAAUAGUCCGUCAAGCGAAUACCUCGGAGGUCUGUGGAGGGAAACAUUGGAAAUGGAUCUCCUUUGGCAUUCUGUGUCUGUGACCAACAUGGGCCACCCAGUUAAGCAUGGCGGCGGAUGCGCUCCGUCUUGGUCGUGGGCUGAUCGAGCAGCUUAUGUUGAGUUCCCUCUCUGUUUUGUCGACUUUGGCAGCGGUAAAGAAGAGAGAUCCAUGGGUUUGCUCGAGCAAUGGUUCAAGGUUAUUGACGUCCGGUGUCAACCAGCCACAGCCGAUCCAACCGGCAAGUCUCAAGGCGGGCGAUUAACACUCGAGGUCGACAGGUUUGCUGCCAUCCUACGCCACAUCGGCGACAAGCAAUGCAAGCCGGAAACGACCUGGACGCUUUCAGAGAGCAAAAAAGGCCGUCGGUUCCGCAGUGUUGAGCUCUUCUGUGACAGUCCCAUGCACACCUUUUUGUAUAAGGCCUCGGAGGCUCGCAUUACUUGCGCUCGCCUGGCGCUUGUGGAGGUUCUGGGCCACGACGACGUGGCAAGGCGACGUGGGGUUGAAUACGUGCUUCUCUUGGUACCGUCAAAGAGGGAUCCUAGUGCGUAUGAGAGGGUUGGGAUGCUGUUGGUACAACGGUAUUUAGAUAUGAACGGUCAAAGGUACCAAAAUUUUGAAAGUCCUUUUGCGGGUGGUGGUCGAAGGGACAUUAUCCAUAUUGUGUAG